GCCCGAAGGAUGUGUUUUUGCUUUUUUCCAUAAAAAAAAAAAAGAAAAACUAGCGCACGAGCCGGUUGGUUGCCGGACACGUUGGGGCCCCACACCCUCUCCACAAAAUCCGCCAGUGGUGGGCCGUCAGCCAGUCAGCGACGAACGAGAGAGGCGCGAGGUUGCUGUCGUUGAUUGAGCUGCGAACUCGGCUCUCCAUGGCCUCCCCUUUCGUCCUCCUCGUCGUCGUGGCGGCGCUCCUCUUGCCGCCUGCCGUCUUCGCGGCGCCCGAGGAGCACCUCGUCACCGGCCUCCCGGGCUUCCAUGGUGCCUUCCCCUCCAAGCACUACUCCGGGUACGUGACCGUGGACGAGCGUAGCGAGCGCAGCCUAUUCUACUACCUGGUGCUGUCCGAGCGCGACCCGGCCACCGACCCCGUCGUGAUCUGGCUCAACGGAGGCCCGGGAUGCUCCAGCUUCGACGGCUUCGUCUACGGGAACGGUCCCUUUAAUUUCGAGCCUGGGAGCUCGCCUGGAAGCCUGCCCAAGCUGCAGCUCAACCCCUACAGCUGGUCAAAGGUCUCGAACAUCAUGUAUCUCGACUCUCCUGCCGGUGUUGGGAUGUCCUACUCAUUGAAUAAAUCAGAUUAUAUAACAGGUGACCUGAAAACCGCAGCUGAUGCGCACAAAUUCCUGUUGAAGUGGUUCGAGUUAUACCCCGAGUUUCAGUUGAACCCAUUCUACAUCUCAGGGGAGUCGUAUGCAGGGGUUUAUAUCCCCACAAUCACUGACGAAGUUGUUAAAGGCAUUGAGAGAGGUGUGAAGCCAAGAAUCAAUUUCAAGGGCUAUCUAAUUGGCAAUCCAGCAACUGAUGUAGACUACGAUUUCAAUUCAUUUGUGCCAUUUGCGCAUGGGAUGGGUCUCAUCUCAACUGACAUGUAUGAGGACGUCAAAGCUUCUUGCCGUGGCACAUUCUUUGGCACUUUAGAUAAUCUGUGCCAAGAGAAGAUCGACAGAGUGCGCUGGGAACUGAAAGACCUGAACAAGUACAACAUCCUUGCACCCUGUUACCAUCAUCCUGAAAUCCAAGAGCUAGAGUUCAGCAAGAGCAGCUUACCACAGAGUUUUAGAAGGCUAGGAGAGACAGAUAGGCCAUUUCCAGUGAGGAAGCGAAUGGCAGGGCGUUCUUGGCCCCUCCGCCUUGCUCUCAAGGAUGGUCACGUUCCGAUGUGGCCAGGCCUUGGUGGUAGAUCACUUCCCUGCACGAGUGAUGAAGUUGCUACUACAUGGCUGGAUGAUGAAGAUGUUAGAGCUGCGAUUCAUGCCAAACCAAAAAGCUUAAUUGGAUCAUGGGAACUGUAUACUGCAAGAAUAGACUUCACUCAUGAUACUGGGACAAUGUUGACCUAUCACAAGAAGCUUACAGGUUUGGGAUAUCGUGUGCUAAUUUACAGCGGUGACCACGACCUGUGUAUUCCUUACCCUGGUACUGAAGCAUGGGUGAAAUCAAUAGGCUACCAAGUUGUUGAUAGAUGGCGCCCAUGGUACUUUGGAGACCAAGUUGCAGGAUAUACAGAAGGAUACGGUCACAAUCUCACCUUCCUCACCAUAAAGGGAGCUGGACAUGCUGUGCCCGAGUACAAGCCCAAGGAGGCUCUCGCAUUCUACAGUCGUUGGCUAGCAGGAGAAAAGUUCUAAGAAAAACAGGACCAUUGCAGAUUUUACAAGCCACCAGUUAUUGGUCUUUUGGAAUAUCGGUGUCCCAUGCAUAUCUUGUUCCUCACUCAUCGAAAAUUAUUGUUGUGUAUUGUGUGCAUAGACUCAAUGUAAAUCAAGGCAUCAGAUCCAAUAAGAAAGCAGGUUUCUCUGAAAUGCUGUGUAACCCUUUCUGUACAGAUGAAGAGAUUGUUACGUGGGAUCUGCACCUCAAAUCUAGUGUGGUGGUGGAGGCACUAUUCAAUUAAUCAUGGUUUAGAUCCA